GACAAUACACAAAAAACAUAAAGAAAUCGGAUAAACCGAUAAAGCAUACAAGUUCACUGAAUCCAUAUUUAAUUAUUGACUAAAAUAUUGCUAAUCACUUGAAAAAUAUGUUAUAGAAUUGCAAUAAUUGAAAAACCAUCUUAAGGCUUGCAUAUUAACUAGAAUAACUAUAAGAGGUUGAACAUCUCCUCCCAAAAUAACUGCUUUGAGACCGUUGCUUCUCCCUCCAAAAAUCGCCUGGUCUCAACAAAGAGUUAAACCAUGCUCAGAACAACUCUUUCACCCUUCAUAUCUACUCUUCAAUUGAAAUUCAAAGCCCCCAAAUUUUCCAUAACCGUAAGAAAUGUUCAUACACAAUGCACACCAACUGUUCGACAAAAUACCCCAACGAAUCCAACUCCUCUGUUUCAACUUCCUCCAACCUCAGCCUACAUCCACCUUCCUUUCUGUAGGAAACGUUGUCAUUACUGCGAUUUCCCUAUCGUCGCUCUAGGAUCAUCCAUGAAUCAAUCCCACGACGAUGACCCUCGAAUCGUAGAUUACAUAGAGUUGAUAUGCAGGGAAAUUAAGGCUACAAGAUCAGAUUUUGAUCAAUGCCCACCUCUUGAAACUGUGUUCUUUGGAGGGGGUACUCCUUCUUUAGUCCCACCAAGGCUUGUUUCUUUGGUUCUUGAUACACUAAAAUCAAAAUUUGGGGUGUGUUUGAAUGCUGAGAUAAGUAUGGAAAUGGAUCCUGGUACUUUCACCACUGAUAAACUGAAGGGCUUCAUGGGGUUGGGUGUGAAUAGAGUGUCUCUUGGUGUGCAGGCAUUUCAAGAGGAGUUGUUAAAGUCUUGUGGGAGAGCUCAUGGUCUUAAGGAGGUUUUCGAGGCAAUCGAGAUUGUCAAAUCAUGUCAAGUUGAAAAUUGGAGCAUGGACUUGAUAUCUUCCCUCCCUCACCAGACACCAAACAUGUGGACUGAAAGUUUGCAGCUCACAGUUGAUGCAAAUCCCAACCAUGUAUCUGUGUAUGAUUUGCAAGUCGAGAAAGAUACUAAAUUUGCAGUAUUGUAUACACCAGGAGAGUUGCCUUUACCAUCUGAAUCCCAAUCUGCAGACUUUUACAAAAUGGCUUCAGAGACACUUACAGGCGCGGGAUAUGAUCAUUAUGAAAUCAGUAGUUAUUCAAAGAGUGGGUUUAAGUGUCAACACAAUCUCACUUAUUGGAAGAACAGGUCAUACUAUGCCUUUGGUCUUGGUUCUGCAAGUUACCUCAAUGGUUUGCGAUUUUCAAGACCGAGGAGGAUGAGAGACUAUAAAACUUAUGUGGCAAACUUGGAAAAUGGGUUGGUACUCAAUCAAGAGAAGGUUAAUGUUGAUACUAAAGAUAGAGCUUUGGAUGUUGUGAUGUUAUCACUCAGAACUGCAACAGGUUUAGAUAUCAAGUCAUUUAUACAAGAUUUUGGUGCCUCACUUGCGGUUUCUCUUUGCCAAGCUUAUAAACCUUAUGUAGAAAGUGGGCAUGUCUUGUGCCUAGAUGAAGAGAGGAAGAUUAUGCCGGCGUUUGAAGUUAACUCAUUGUUUAUCGAGGAAGACAAGUUAGAAGAAAAGGUUGCAUUCAUCCGGCUAAGUGAUCCUGAGGGUUUUCUUCUUUCCAAUGAGUUGAUAUCAACUGCAUUUGGGGUUAUUUCCCCAUGAAGGGAGAAUUUUCUUUAAUUUUCUACUUGCAUGUCAAAUUGGAUUAUUAGGCUAAAUUAAUCUAAAUUUUGUAUUAACUAUAGAAGAGAAUUAUCGAACUUUCUAUCUAAUACUUGUAUAAUGUACUAAACACAGUGCAAUGUUGUUAAACUGACU